AGUCUACUGCAGGCAAUGAAAACUUCUUUUCUUGUAGUUAUAACUUACGAUGUGGAAACAUUUCAGCUUAUGAUAAAUGAAGGCAUCUCAGAGCUGUUGUUUACAUCAGAUAAUGUAUGGCAAAUGGAGGCAUCAUACUAUCCUGAGCUACCAGGAGCGCUGAAGACUGCCAAUUUCCAGAGUGAUGAGAUCAGUAAUCUUAACAGGCUUAAGAAGCUACAGGUAGAUUACGAUGCUCCAUUGUCUGAAGCUGGUGACAUCACUGAGAAGUUCCAGGCAUUGAAAGAAGUUAUUGAAAAAUACAAUCCUGAUGUCGACAAAGAAGUUUCAUUUAACGAGAACCACAAGAGGACAACAUAUGGUAAGGACAUUGAUAAUAUAAACAUGAAGCUACUGAUGCAACAAGUUAGAAGGGAGCAGGGAUGCACAUGGUCCCAGGUUUUCCUUGACUUCCAACUGAUCCACACAACUGACUCAGUGGAACAAGACAAAUCUUACAUUGACGAAAAAGAACUUUCGAAAGUUACAAUAAAACUUCAAAAUGACCAAAUACACAAUGAAAAGGGUUCUAAAAUUCAGCUUGAUAUUCUUGUUGAAAACAUGGGGCGCGUGAACUUUUGGACAUUCAUGAACAAACAACGGAAAGGCAUACUUGGUGAUGUUCUGGUAGAUGGAGAAAAACAAAGAGGCUGGAAAAUCUACCCAAUGGACUUCAAGGGAGACUUUUUCAAGAGAAUAAGUAGAGAAUCAGAUUGGACGAAAAUGAAAGAAGGAGAGUUACCCUCCAUACCAUCACUAUACCGUGGAACAUUUGAGGUGACAGAGGAACCUAAAGACACAUUCCUGCACAUGAAAGGUUGGACCAAAGGCGUGUGCUUCAUUAAUGGACAUAACCUAGGCAGGUACUGGCAAAUAGGGCCACAAGAGACGCUAUAUCUCCCAGCACCAUGGUUAAACAAGGGACAUAAUGAGUUGCUGGUGUUUGAAUUGGAGAAAUGUGAAGUUCCCGAUGUUUCAUUUGUCACAGAGCCAAAGCUCACUGGGGAACCUGUUUUCAGACAGUAAACAUGACAUUGCGAACAGAAUGCCACGAGUAUUUUACAGUUUUU